CCCAGUACACAUGAAUCUCAUCUGCUAGCUCAUGUCUGGAAGGUAACUACACACAGGAUUAUUGGAGAUCUGCAUGAGCUCCUGCACUGAUACAACAGGGUUUCCGUCAAGACAAGUAGAAUGGUCAUUUGUCCUUUCUCGUUUCAUGGAACUAAUAUGACAUUACUCUUGGAUCUUGGCCGGGUUUCUUCUGAUGGAUACAAGCACAACUUAAUACAUGAGGAGGUAGCUUCUUUAUUGACUUAUUGAGAAUUUGUAGGCAUGUUGGGACUAUACUAACCUGAGGCUUUAAAUAACUUACUGCUUUUCUUGUAAUUAUAUCAAUGUUUUCUGUAUGUUUUAUUUUGCUGAUUUUUAAAUGCCUGGACAAAAAAGCUUUCCUAAAGAAAAGACAGCUUCCGAAGUCUUAUAAACACAAAGAAAGUGGACAUCACCUGGUGUCCAACCCAUGGAAAACUUCUCAACUUACAAUGUCACAAUCCAGGUGUUAAAUGCAGAACUAGAUGCUACCAGCAAGGACCUGAGCCUUCGAGCACUUACAGGCUUGUUGUUGUCUCUGCUCAUACUUUCAACUCUCUUGGGGAACACGUUGGUAUGUCUAGCUGUCAUCAAGUUCAGACACCUCAGGUCCAAGGUGACCAAUUUCUUUGUCAUCUCUUUGGCUGUGUCAGAUCUAUUUGUUGCACUUCUGGUGAUGCCAUGGAAGGCAGUGACUGAAGUAGCAGGGUACUGGCUCUUUGGAAACUUUUGUGACACCUGGAUAGCCUUUGACAUAAUGUGCUCCACAGCUUCCAUCUUGAAUCUGUGCAUUAUUAGCUUGGACCGAUAUUGGGCAAUAGCAAGUCCUUUCAGAUAUGAAAGAAAAAUGACCCAGAGAAUGGCAUUCAUCAUGAUUGGCGUAGCCUGGACUUUAUCCAUAUUAAUAUCAUUCAUUCCAGUACAGCUCAGCUGGCAUAAAUCCCAAGGGACUGUUGGAGAGCUUAAUGCUACAAACCAGACAGAGAACUGUGACUCCAGUCUUAACAGGACAUAUGCAAUAUCUUCUUCUCUUAUUAGCUUCUACAUACCUGUUGUUAUCAUGAUUGGAACAUAUACGAGAAUAUAUAGGAUAGCUCAGACUCAGAUCAGGAGAAUAUCUUCUCUUGAAAGAGCAGUAGAGCAUGCUCAGAGCUGUCACCCCGAUUGUCCCCAUGAAAACUCUCUAAAGACUUCUUUCAGGAAGGAGACCAAAGUUCUAAAGACAUUAUCCAUUAUCAUGGGGGUAUUUGUGUUCUGCUGGCUUCCAUUCUUUGUUCUAAACUGCGUAGUACCUUUCUGUCACAUUUAUCUACCUGGAAAUAAUGAUGCAGAACCCCCAUGUGUAAGUGAAACCACAUUCAGCAUAUUUGUGUGGUUUGGGUGGGCUAACUCAUCCCUAAACCCUGUCAUUUAUGCAUUUAAUGCAGAUUUUAGAAAAGCUUUCACUACCAUACUGGGAUGUAACAGAUUCUGUUCCAGCACAAAUGUUGAAGCUGUCAACUUCAGCAAUGAGUUAGUGUCCUACCAUCACGACACUACGUUUCAGAAAGAUAUCCCAGUCACUUUUAAUAGCUCCCAGCUCCCCAAUGCUGUUUCUCAAGAUCAAGAAGAUUUGGAAGGGCAUUGUUUUGACAAAGUGUCUGUCAUAUCGAAUUCUCAUGGAACCAGAAGUCAUAAGAACUUACUGUUACCUGUUAGUGUCCAGUUUGAAUGUGAGGCAGAAAUAUCAUUGGAAACAAUUACCCCAUUUACCUCUGCAGGACCCUUAGAAUGUCAUUCACAUACAGUGACUGGUGAAGACACUAAAUAUACUACAAAACUAUAUUAGUCAUGUAAUAAUAAUUAUCUCUAACCAGCUAUCACAGUUCUUAAGCUUAAUCAGCAGAUAUCUUAUUGCGGGUAUUUUCCAGUGAUAGAUCAUGAGAUCAAUACUCCAAUUGAUUUUUCUAUCAAACUUUUGAGCAAAAGAGAAUGCAUACCCUUAGACAAUGUGGCCCUCUUCUGUCUGUUCAGUAUCAUUCAUCAGAAUAACCUUGCUGGUAUAUCUCAGGGACUAGUGUUAUUAUUCUGCCAUCCGGUUCUCUGUAGUAGACAGCAUCUGAUGUGAUAAGACUAUUAAUCACUUUUGUAAUCUGUUAUAAACAUAACAAGAGACCUUAGUGUACCAUAUAUAGAACAUUGUUUUCUAACAAGAUAAAUGUUAAAUGAAUACGUUGUUGUAAUUGUAUAAUUUACAUGGUACAAACGUAAUUUAAAUUGAGCAGAUCUCUGGUGAAAGGGUCUCACAUUCUUCUGGUAAAAAAUGUCAUCAUACAUUCAAUUUUGAACAGAAAACUGUUCACUAUUGUUGUACUAACGUGCUAUAAAUCUAACCAAAAGUUCUCUUCAUUAAACACAUUAAAAAGCAGUAUGCUAGUCUUUUUUAUGACUAUACAUGUAAAGAUUGUAUUGAUUUUCAGUCCAUGUUCAGAACCCUUAAUCUAGAGCUAAACACAUACUUUUUUGUAGCCAGAUUUUCCUAUUUUAACUAUCGUGCUACAGCUGCACCCUGCAGGAGCAAAUAGAAUUAUUUGCGACCAUUAUGGACUGUAGCUGACACUUGAUGAAGUUAAAAUUGGAAAAUCUUGCUACCUCCAGGCUUAGAUAAUGAUAGUGUUUAAUAGUUGUAUGCUGAGAAAUGAAGAUUACAAACACGGCAAAAAUGAUAGUAAACAUAAAUUAUGUCCGUCAAGGCAGGAAUCCUACUGAAGAAACUGGUGAUAACUUAUUUGACAAUUCUAUCAAUGACAAAUACAUUAGCUUGAUCAGACAAUUUCUGCCAACUCUUUUUGCAGUACGCUAUUGAUCAGUGAUAUGCUGAAAAAUACAGAGAAUUAUUGUCUUUAUUGUAAUACAUAUAGUAGGCAGAGAAUCUCAGCAGUAACCACUUCAAUAUAUCUUAAGACAUCACAUGAUACUUUCUGUUGAUACAUUUACAGUAUUAAUUAAGAUUAAUUCUUUGAUGACACAUUGUUCUUGUGCAUUAAACCUCAAGCUAGAUGAACAUCUACCAAAUGUUAGAUUUUCUAUCGCAUUGUACAUUGCAGUUGAUGAUAUUUAAUGUUUUACUUAAAUAUUUCUAUAAAUAUUUUGGUUAGGAGUACAGAUCCUAUAUUUAUGUAAGGUAUGAUGGUCAUGGAUCUAAGGGACCCUAGCUUUUGGUGCGCUUCAGUACUCAGUAAUCACGAGUGAGGAGUGGUGAGUAGCAACUU